GUUCCCACUCCACUCCGCACCAGGGCGCACGCAGCUGACUCUUUUACCUAAUUACCUGCUCGACAGAAAUCAGGUGGUGCUGAGAAAAUGAGGAGAGGUUUGCUACUGGUGACUCUGUUCCUCAUCAUGAAACUUCGCUACAGCCAGUGCAGAUGCGAGGAACCCGGAUCGCGCAGAUCACCUUCAGAUCAGACCGUAGGCUUGGACAACCUCAAGCGGAACAUUCUGAAGAGGUAUAGCGAUUUGGAUUAUGACAGCUUUGUGGGUCUGAUGGGCAGAAGAAACGCCGAUGCAAACACUGUACAAUCACCCCAAAAAAGAGAAAUGCACGACAUUUUUGUUGGCCUCAUGGGAAGGAGAAACUCAGAGCCUGAUAAUGGUCCCUGGAGGAGAGAGUAUCCAGAGAGGAGAGGCAUUUUUCUCAACAAGUGCCGGCUGAGGUUUCUUCAGGGGCUGUAGACUGAAACAACUCUCAUCUGGCUACAGUGACAGAUCACAUAGAACACAUCAUCA